GAUCGUGUGUGUUGAUCUUCGGAGGACAUGCCUGUUUUAUAAUCAUAUAGGCAGUGCAUCCCAUUUCCAUUGCAAUAAAUUACAAAAAUUGGGCAAAAUACAGUGAUUUAACUAUAGAUUCAUACCGAGAAAGAGUUUCUCGAAUACCGUUUGAAAUGCAGCGCUACCUGAAAAGUAAAUCGUUCCGGUUUGGGGUGCCUUUUUUACUGCUGAUGGUCGGAGGAUCCUUCGGUUUGCAACAGUUCGCUCAACUGAGGUACACAUUCUCCAAGAAAGGAACACUCACGCCGGAAGAGGCCGAAAAAUUUGGCGUGAAUAUGAAAAAGGCGGAGGAGGUGACCCUGGAGACCGAAUACGAGAAGAUCAAAACGAUCGAUAUCGACAACUGGCAGAAUGUGCGCGGUCCCCGGCCCUGGGAAGAUACCGUUCCCAAUGAGGCUGUUCCCAAUUAAGUCCGGGUUGAAAGCGUUUUGGGGAAAAGGUUUUCUCUAGUUUUGUUGACUGCAUGACUGAACGAGCGCGCGCUGUAGUAUAAUGUAUAUUUUUAUUUCUUGCAAAAAUAAGCGAAUAGCUACACAAUCCUUCAAUUUGUGGGUAUGAAGCAUAAUUUGCGAACUAUGUUGAACAAUGAAUCCGUUUUUGAUUAAUGCCGUAUUGAA